AAAGAGAGACAGAUGAUCGAGAAACGAAAAUGGCGUCGUAUGGAGGAUAAUUUUCGUUAGUGUUCGUUAUUUUUCGUGCGUAAUAGAAAUAAAACGCAAACGGUGGUUGCUGUUUAAUCGUUGGACGCUUGAUAAACUGUUGCGUACGAAAUCGUGAAUAUAUUGUGGGGUUUGUUUGUAAUCGAUAGAUGUAAAUAUCUUUGGCGAUAGCGGUCGUGAAAUAAGCAGGGAAAUGUACUGUUUUGCGUAUGGGUUUUAAACCGCACGGUUAGUAUGUAUCGGUUGGCCGAUUAAUCGUGUAUUUAGUGAGAAACGUGAGUGGCAUGUCGAAAGACGCGAGUUUGGUUUUCGUGCAUCGUGAAAGGUUGACAAGCUAUGUGCUUUGACGUGCACGAGUGAAAUUUAGUUUCGUUCAGAGACUCCUCGCGAAGGUGUGGAGACGACGUGAGUUUAGCCACCAUGGCGGUGAAUCCGCGUGAUAUGGACGGUUUUAUGCCGCUCCUGUCAACGAUGGACAUCAAGAAGAAAUUAAAUGUUGGUAAUUUACUGUUAAAUUAUUUGGGCGACUCCACCAAGAGUAUCGAGUGUCAAGACAUUGGACAGUUUAUUGAUAACAUCAUACCAUGGCUGAGCAACGGGAAUCCCAAGGUUGUCCAGAAUGGUUUGGAAGUUCUUACGUUCCUUGCGGAUCGAAUGGGUCACGACUUCAAGCCUUAUAUUUCCACUGUUAUUCAACCAGCAAUAGAUAGAUUAGGUGACAGUAAAGAUGCGACACGAGGCAAAGCGCAAUUACUAUUGCUGAAAAUAAUGGAGAAAGGAUGCAUGUCUCCCCAGCAACUUCUCGACAGACUGCGACCGGCUUUCAAUCAUAAGAAUGCCAAAUUGCGAGAAGAGGCAUUGAUUCUUUUAACGACCACGUUGAACGAACAUGGAGCCGACGAGAUGAUGUUGUCGGGUGUAAUUCCAAGCAUCGUGAAGCUGUUAUCGGAUCCAUCCGAAAAAGUACGAGAAACGGCAUUAAACACUUUGGCGGACAUCUACAGACACGUUGGAGAAAGAUUACGCGUCGAUUUGCAGAGAAAGCACAACGUACCGCACGCAAAGUUGCUAUUACUGAUAGAGAAAUUCGACCAAUUAAAAGCAGCUGGUGAUCUGUUGCCCCUGGCAAUGUCCUCGGACGUUGGAAAAGGUACCGAUGAACCGGACAGAGCGAUUAAGUCUGCUCCUGUCAGAAGAUCGUCUGCUCCUGCAAAAAGAGGACAAUUUGGUCCUGCAAAAACUUCGUCUUCUGCUUUAGCUCAGCCUGGCAAUACACCUUCUUCCACGGUUUCAAGGGCAGCAACCGUCAAAAGAAACGUGUCAGUAAAAUCGACGCCAGGUCAAGCUGGUGCCGUCGACGAGGAAACUUUUUAUACAGCGUUCGAAGAUGUACCAGCGGUAAAUUUGUUUUCGGCAAAAGAUUUGGAAGAACAAAUGAAGGCUAUCAAAGAUAAUGUUGGCGACGACAAGAAGGAUUGGAAGCAAAGAACAGAAAACAUGAAAAAAUUAAGGGCUAUCGUUAAAGCAGGUGGCACGAACUAUGAGAACUUUUAUGAACAUUUGAAGAGCAUGCAGAGAGCGUUUGAGGUUGCUUGCGCCGAUCUGAGAUCGCAAGUUGUUAGAGAAGCGUCCAUCACCUUAGCGUUUCUUAGUCAAGAGUUAAAAAACAAAUUUGCUAGUUUCGGUGAAGCUGUUUUACUCACAUUGAUGAACCUCAUACAAAAUAGUGCCAAGGUGGUGGCAACAGCUGGUGCUGUAGCCGUGAGGUUUAUACUUCAAAAUACACACUGCAGUCGGUUUGUGCCAAUUAUCACAUCGUGUUUAAGUAACAAAAGUAAAGAUAUACGGCGAGCCUCGUGCGAGUAUCUGAAUUUAAUUUUACAAACGUGGCCUACUCAGAUAUUGCAAAAGCACGUAACGAUAUUACAGGACACAAUUAAAAAGGGUAUCGCGGAUUCGGAUUCAGAAGCAAGAGCCUUUGCUAGAAAGUCGUAUUGGGCAUUCAAAGAUCAUUUUCCAGAACAAGCUGAAGCAUUACUCAACAGCCUUGAUACUGCGUAUAAACGCUCGUUGAUGUCUCUUAGCAAUAGCGGUAGUAUUAGCAGUUUAAAUGUGGUCACGAGAUCGGCGAGCGUUAGCCCCAGAACAUCCAGACCAGUAAUGAGUCCCACAGAUCGUGGAAGCCCAGGUGUUAGAUCUACUAGUGCGAUAGAUUUGCAAGCCGCGCAAAGAGCUAAAGCUAGAAUGAUGUACGCGAAUAUGAGCAGACAGAAGGCGUCUCUUCCACGACCAAGUAAAUCACCAGAUACCACAGCUGUUGCUAGUCCAGAAAGAACCGCAAGAACGAGAACCAGAGUGGCCGGAGUGUCGCAAUCUCAGCCUAGCAGUAGAUCAGGUUCACCGUCGUCAAGGUUGAGUUAUGCAACGUACAAUCGCGAAGGAGAAUCGUUAAUUGCAAGACCUAGACGUUUAUCUGGACACGGGAUCAGAAGUACCGGUAACAGCCGUGAACCUAGCCCACAGAGAUUUGGAAUGGAGAGAAGUUUUGCAAGCAAGAUACGCGGCAGAGGUUUGCACAUGUCGCCAACGGAGAGGCCACAGUCUAGACCAGUUAUGGCGCAAAAGAUGUUACAACAAUCACGCGAAGCAGAAUCAGCUUUAGCGGAUGCGCUUACAUUCGAUAGUAUCGAUAACUAUACAAGAACACCAAGAGGCAAAGGUGAUCACAGCGAUGACAGCGAAACCAGUAGUAUAUGUUCAGAGCGAAGCAUGGACAGCUUUAGACGACCAAACGAUUCGUUCUCAUGGAGUGGAUCUCAACAAAGAUUGUACCGUGAUCCAUGGGAUCAAUCUAUCCCAAAGGAUAUUAAGGAAAUAAUAGAAAAUUGUGCGCAUAAGCAUUGGGGAGAUAGAAAAGAGGGUUUAGUGGGAUUGCAACAUUUUCUUUCAAACGGAAAUACGCUUACAGCUACGGAAUUGCGUAAAGUGACGGAUAUUUUUACAAAAAUGUUUAUGGAUUCCCACACGAAGGUGUUUAGUUUAUUUUUGGACACGUUGAACGAAUUGGUUGCUACUCAUAGCGAAGAUCUUGGUGAUUGGCUUUACGUGCUGUGCGCAAGACUUUUGAACAAAUUAGGUACCGAUUUACUCGGAUCGAUUCAAGCAAAAAUUCACAAGACGCUUGAUGUUGUCAGAGAAUGUUUUUCUGGAGAGCAACUUUUACCUGCUGUUAUGAGGUUUCUGACGGAUCCUACGCAAACACCAAAUUCUCGUGUUAAAAUAGCCACGCUUACGUUUAUCACGCAGAUCGCAGAAACGGCAGAACCAUCUGCGCUGAAUAAUUCAGCAAGUACAGCGCUGGCAAGGUUACUUGAUUGGUCUAACGACGUUAAAAGUCAAGAUGUCAGAAGGCAUGCACAAAAUGCUGUCAUAUCAUUGUAUAAUUUAAAUCCUCCGAAAGUGACAAUGAUACUAGCUGAAUUACCAAAGUUUUAUCAAGAGGCGGCUUUGCCAUUGGUACAAAAUCAUUUAAGAAAGUCAUCUGGCUCCAGUAAUCCAGCAUCGCCUGGUACACCGCCUCCACGAGCACAGAGUUCACCUGCUCGUACGAAAACUAAAGGUGAUAUUGAUAAUGCGGACGAGAAUUUGGAAGAAGUAUACAAUACUUCCUACAACAGAUCGUUAAGACGUACAACGGCAGAAAUUCAGAAUUAUGGUUUUGAACGUUUAGAAAGAGCGACCACUAGUAAAGAUAGCGGUAUUAGUAAUAUGGCCGAUGUAGAAGAGAAAAUGGAAGGUUUAACGUUGUGUAAUUCGGGUCGAUCAUCUUCGGUAUCUUCACCCACCCAAAGAGGACGAUCUGUUACAAAUAUUACAGUAAAUGGUUCGAGCGAUACGAUCGCAGGUGAUCUUAUACUCCCUCAAGAAAAUAAUGGUUACAAAACGCAUGUAUCGGUUACAGGAUCGUCACCUGAUUCGAUAAAGAGACCAGAAAUUUUAGAUAAUAUGAUUAAAACAUUACAGUCAAAGAUGACACAAACCGAAGAAAAAGUAGCAGCUCUGCAAGAGUUUCAAUUAUACGUUCGAGAAGGAGAUGGCUUGUAUAUCAAACAGAAUUUUAAAAAACUGCUGAAAACAUUGUUAGAUAGUUUAACGAACGAUAGCAAGAAAAUGCAAGUAGAAGUACUUCAAACGUUGAUCGAUAUGUUAAAGUGCCCAGAACUUGUAGACAGUUUUUCCGUUUAUCCUGAGCUACUCGUUUUAAAAGUAAUUAACGCGUACAAAUUGGACGAUCAAAAGCAGGAUUCUUCUUCCGGUAGUAGUAACUCGAGAUCUCCAGUGCUUUGGAUGGCAGAAAAAUGUGCUGCAACGAUAGCGAUGAUUCUAAAGCCAGAACAAGUAAUUCAUUUGGUAUCGACUAUAAUAACCACCGAACCAUAUCCCUUGAACAUGGGAGCGAUAAAAAUGCUUCACAAAGUUGUAGAACAUUGGGGUCGCGAUGCUAUAGAACCUCAUUUGUCAAAAGUGAUGCCCGGACUCAUUAAGGCUUAUGACGAUAAUGAAAGUGCAGUACGCAAAAGUGCCGUGUUCUGCAUGGUAGCGAUACAUCUGGCAGUCGGCGAAGAGGUGUUGAAACCUCAUCUCAGCUGUUUAUAUACCAGCAAAUUGAAGCUUUUAAAUAUUUACAUACAACGCGCGCAACAGGCAAACAGUCAGCCAGCGAGUCCACGUAGCAAUAGCAAAAAUUAACUAACAUCAAAUUCCGCGACACUUCGGAUCGCGAUACUUAAGAGAUUUGCUCGUCUGGGUGCAAGGCAUGAGCGAAUGCUGGUUAGCUUCCUCAGUAAGUCCAAUCCGUGACGAUUAUUGAGCAGUAAAUUAUACAUACAAGUUAAACGUUUCAAUACGAGAUAGACUGAUCUGUAACUGUGCGUUUAUGAGAAGAAGAAGAAUGAACUUGAGUCGCUCCUACCGACUCGUUCGAUUUCUGAGCCUUCUUCUCAUAAACGCAACGUACGAUUUCACUACAAGUUGUGUGUGUGUGUGUGUGUGUGUGUUUGUGUACGUGUACGUGCGAAAGAAAAAGAGAGACAUGAAUUCGUGACAGUGAUGUUGCACAGAAGCAGGUUGUAUGUAAAAUUACUUAUACAUUAUGUUUUGUUUGACAAAAAUUUAUGCCUGUUGCAGAAUAAGAGUUUCGCACGAUUUUUUAGCGCUUAUUAAUCGAAUUGCUUUAGACAUAAGACUUUCUUUAUUCGGGAUACGUAUAUUUUUUUUAUCGAUACAUUACAGCAUGAUAUUGAGAUGCAAGAUUGUAUUUUGUGGGGGAGGGAGGAGGAAGGUGGAAGGAAAAACUUGUUUCUUCCGUGUAUCAUAAAGCUCAUGAAAACACCAGUAUCGUGCUUCUCUUGUCCAGUUUGUGAUUUUAUAUACUUUGAAUUUUGUUUGCUACUCGUUAAGAUAUAUAUUGUACAUAUUUAGGUAUUUCACUGUAUUGUUACGAGUCUCUUAAAGCCGAUCAUAGAUACUUCUCUAGAGGAAUGUGAUUCCCGAUGAACAAAUAAUUUAUUCAAUUUGAGUGAAAGUUUGAGAAGACGGUGCGGCAUCACUGUCCAGAGAAUCAUACUUUAUAAGCAUAAUAAUUAAUUCAUGCCGAUCCUAUAUCGGUGUCAAACAGAGAAACAUUGUAUGAAAUACGUUGUACGCUUGUUCGUCGACUCAUAAAUAUUGAUGAUAGCGUUGCACAUGGCGGUGGGUUGCUGCUGUGAACCUUACAGUGAACGCGUGAACAAGAAAGGAAGUUGAAAUACAAAAAGUAUUCGAUGCGAGAACGAGCGGUAUGUCUGGUAUAUCUGCUCUGUAGAACGGUCAGUAAGAACGGUAAUAAAUUUCACGAAGAAAUAUUUAUCUUUUCGCAUUUCAGCAUUAACCGAGUGACUGGCGCGAGUAUCGCGUAUUUGUUUCCAGUGUGUUGUUACACCGUAAACGUGCUUUCACACGAGGACUUUGAAAUAUCGAAAAUGAAACUGUUAAUUUAUUUGUUGAAAAAUCCAUGUGCUAGUCAGAUUUCCAAGGACGCACAAUACAGAAUUGUAAGAUGCAGACGAAAUAGUCGGCACUUUUCAACGAACACAGAAGUUAAUUAACUGAACAAAAGUGAAAAAAAGAAAGGGAGGGAGGGAGAGAGAGAGUAUCUGGGAGAGGAUGCGAGAGAGUGAAUGACGAAAGAUUAAAUACGACAAAAAUAAACAGAAGGUAGAGACUAGAAACGAGAUUUACUUGGAACUAAUGUUAAUAUUUAAACUAUUCGUCAGGUUGCCAAUAAUUAAACGAAUGCUAAAUCAAAGCUAAGGUAACAAGUUUAGUAAAUAUAUUCUGUGCCAUUGUCGUUUUUCUUUUACUUAUAAUAGGGAUACAAUUAUAUAUAAAUACAUAGAUAUCAUCCUUCGUCUUUUCUUACUGGUAGAUUGAGAUAGCAAAAUAAUUUCAAGAGAUGAGAUUGAAAAUGAAUCGUCAAAGUGAUACGAAAAGUUUACAUCACAGUACCAAUUUCUGAAGAUGGACAUUUUAAAUUCCUUGAAAUUGAACACGCAAACAUCAUCUUACCUGACUGGAUACAAUUAUUAAGAAACGUUGGUAACGCGUUAUAAUUAGUGGCAAAACAGUGCCAAAAUAAUAUUGGACGACUUACGAGGAGAAAAAGCAAUUGGAUGUGGAAGUUGAAGCGUCGAGGUGUUUCUUUUACUUGGUGCCUUUGGCGUCGUCAGGACGAGAUUUGCGCGGAAAUCGUCUUUCAUCGUCUUGUAAAAAAGGAAAAUAAAGGGGAAAGCUAUUAUUGAAGCGAUCCGUAGUCUGCAAGUAGCUAGAGAAGCUCUAUUCGCGCCGAUGUUGCGUAAAGAAAACAUUAAAUGUUUUUUUCAUUUAUUGUUAGGUAUUUUCUACCUACGAUUAGGUACCCUCUACCUUGUUCGUGUUCAUUUUGCUACUUUGUCGUAGAGCACGAGAGAACAAGCGUGUUUCUUCGUGGAACGAUACGUGUUAUGGUGUGUAUCGUCGACAUCGAUUUUUAGAAACGUGUACGUACCAUCUAUUUUUUCAUAAUACGAUUAACCACAAGACGAAUCGUUUUCACCAAUUGCUGUUUCAUUACAGGCAGGAAUGAAUAGUUUCGUCGAUAUUUUACAAUAUUUCUUUAAUGGAUUUGUCGCGAGAAAGAAAGAAGGAAAGGUAAAUGCAUAGAGGUAUGCGAUAUAUUACCAGUUUGUGUCCGGUAUAUGAUAUUUCAAUAUUUUAUGUUUAUCGGUAUGAUACUAUUCGUAAUCCAUUCGUCGUUGUCUCUUAUUUAUAAAAACAGUGUAGAGUUUGACCUGGUGUGUGCGGAUCGUGUAUAUAUAUACACAUACAUACAUAAUAUUAUCGAAUAAUGUAGAACCUAAUGUAAUAUUAAUUACGGAUUAGGUAGCUCACCGUCACUGCCUGCAGCGUUUUGGUCGUGCUGAGAAAAUAAGAAAGAAAGAAAGAAAGAAAGAAAGAAUAUGCAGACCCUUGGCACUGCUGGGACCCUGCGUGGUGUUGCGAUUGUCUCUAAGAAGAAUGGAAAUGCUUGUUUUGUUAAGUUUUUGAGCAUUAUCAUCGAUUAACAGGAUUUAUAUUAUUAUACUUACUCUAACGCGUGUACGAUAAUAAAACAACGUAGGUAAUGAAA